AUGCGAGCACAGCAAUACGAUCAACGCGACAACAAACUGCAUCUGAAUGAAAUUCCAGUGCCCGAGCCCCGCGAGCAUGAGAUACUAGUGAAGAUCGCAUGCGCUAGCCUAUGUCACUCCGAUGUGAUGCAUUUCGAACCGAACGAUCAAGGUUUAAUACUGGGACAGAAUCCAGUCACAAUUGGGCACGAAGCGACUGGCACCGUCAUUUCUACCGGAUCGGGCGAAGCAGCAAAGAAGUUCAAAGAGGGCGAUGGCGUGGGUUUCCUCUGCGCGGUAGAAUGCUGCUUCGACUGCGCAAAUUGUAGAACUGUUCACAAUUCGUGGUGCGUCACUGGCAAGACGAAGAUACAGGGCUUCUCCCUCAAUGGAUACUUCCAGGAAUAUGCCGUGGUGGAUGCCCGCGCUGCCAUGGUACUUCCCGAAGGAUUGGACGUGAAAACGGCGGCGCCAUUAUUCUGUGCUGGAGUGACCGCCUACCACGGAAUUGAAGAUUGUGAGCUACAAGCUGGUCAGUGGAUAGCAGCGGUUGGAUGUGGAGGCCUCGGCCACUUGGGAAUACAAUACGCCAAAGCAAUGGGACUGAAGGUUAUCGGUCUUGAUAUUGCGGAGCAAGCUUUGGAGGAAGCCAGGAGGUGUGGUGCAGAUCAUGUCUUCAAUACGGCCAAAGAUCAAGACUGGAAGAAGAAAGUUUUGGAGAUAACCAAUGGUGGAGUGGACGCUGCCGUUAACUUCACUGCUUCAAAACGCUCUUACGAUGAUUGUCCGUCCAUUAUCAAGCCGGGUCAAGGACUUCUGAUGGUGGUAGGCAUUCCUCGUGAACCGUUGCAGCUGAAUGCUCUUGACAUUGCGCUCCGCCGCUACAGAGUCAAGGGAGCCAACAAUGGAACUUGUUACAAUAUGCGUCCCGCCAUCGAAUUCAGCGCGAAACAUAACAUUCGGCCACACCUGACUACGUAUAAGUUGGAGGAUGUCCCCGAUAUGAUUGAGCUGAUGAACUCGCACAAAGCUCAGGGAAGGAUGGGGGUUGUUUUCGAUUGA